CCCGCAGAUCCCCUGCGCCCCCUUACCCUGGGCCGCUACCGCCUCGGGACCGGAGAGGGCCCGGAGGCGCAGGGAACCCUUUCUGUGACCGCUCACAAUGCUCCUUUCUCUGUCCCGCAGGCCACGCCAUGGACCUGGUCCUGGACGCCGCCGACCGACACCUCCUCACCCCCUACGUCUACCCCGCCGGCUGGCCCGAGGGCGAGCCCUGCCGCCAGCUCCUCAGCCUCUUCGUCAUCACCAACCUCGGGGCGCUCGCCCUCUACCUCCUCUUCGGCACCCUCAGCUACUACUUCAUCUUUGACCACCGACUCAAGACGCAUCCCCAGUUCCUAGAGAACCAGGUGCGCCGGGAGAUCCUCUACGCGCUGCGCUCCCUCCCCUGGAUCAGCGUGCCCACCGUCGCCCUCUUCUUCGCUGAGGUGCGGGGCUACAGCAAGCUCUACGACAACAUCGAGGACUCCCCGUACGGCUGGACGGGCGUCUUCCUCAGCAUGCUGUCCUUCCUCUUCUUCACCGACAUGGGCAUCUACUGGAUACACCGCGCUCUCCACCACAAACUGCUCUAUAAGCGCUUCCACAAGCCCCACCACCUCUGGAAGAUCGCGACGCCCUUCGCCAGCCAUGCCUUCCACCCCGUCGACGGCUUCAUGCAGAGCCUGCCCUACCACGUCUACCCCUUCCUCUUCCCCCUGCACAAAGUCACCUACUUGGGCCUCUACAUCUUCGUCAACGUCUGGACCAUCUCCAUCCACGAUGGCGACUACCGCGUCCCCCGCCUCCUGCGGCACGUCAUCAACGGAUCGGCCCACCACACCGACCACCACUUGUACUUCGACUACAACUAUGGGCAGUACUUCACUCUCUGGGACAAGAUCGGUGGCUCCUACAAGAGCCCCACGGCCUUCGAGGGCAAGGGCCCCCACGACUACUUGCGCAAGCUCCGAGAGAAAGCCCCGGGGGCGCCCGACGGCCCCCCGACCGCCAAGACCGAGUAGGGCUCCCCCCGGCCCGGCCCCUCUUCGGGACCGGGUGCCCGGGCCCGAUCUCGUCCCCUUCCUCCCCGGCCACUUGAGACUAUUUUCCCGCAGACGCGGAGCCCCCGUCCCCCGAGGGCGCGACCGGCGCGGGGCGGCGUCCGGCCUCGCCGGUGACUUACGGCCUCGCUCUACGCUGCCGACCCGCCCCGGUCCCCCUGCGGUUUCCCUUCCCGCCGACUCUGGAGCUCUGCUAAGCUCCCUGCGCUUGGUUACGAGUGUGCUACUACGUUACCAAAAAUAAAAACAAAACUAUGGUGUACCUAGAAGGAAAACAUGGCACAAAUACGACGAUAACGUGGCACAAAUUUAACAGUAUCGUGGCACAAAUCGAAGAUUAACGUGGCGCGUGGCGGUGUCUCCGUCCAUCCGUGCAGCAUGCCGUCGUCGCCGAUGCCUCGCUGCUGUCGCGGAGUCCGUCGGGACGAGUCGCGUCGUGUCGAGAGUCCGACGGGGCCACUUUUUUUUUUUUUUCCCCUGCUGUAUUUCGCGAAAAAAAGACGCAAACCCCUACCUUUCGGACGCGGCGCCGAUCCUCCCGACGGCUCCUCGGCGCUCGACGCGCUCUCCUCCUCCUUCUUGCCCGGGGAUGUCCCGUGGGGCGCUGACGGGACGCAUCCCGGAAACGACGCGCCUGUAGGACAGAAAGGCGGAAUGAGUCCCGUGGGUCCCCUGAGCUCCCCGAGAACGCUACGGGAUGGGCGGGGGGCAGGGGAGGAACGGGCGAUGGCGGGUUCGUGGCUGGCUCUCCCCCUUCCUCCCGCUGAAACGCGGUAGCCCUUCGGGUCUGACCGGCGCUCAAUAAAUCUCGCUUGCCAACUUG